AUGUCGGACGAGAACGGUUCUCGAAGUCCGACUUCGCCCCCCACAACGACGAGCAACACCAGUAGGAAGCAGACCAUAUCAUCACCGGGAACGACAGCUUCACCGGCGCCCUCGGGGCACUCGUUCAAACGCGCCGUGACCGUAGACGAGACAUCUCAGGUGCGCCGGCGGCCGCCUUUCAGCCAUAUCCCAACAGAGAACUCAUUCGGCGAGAGAGGCCUUGGGAGGAGAAGGAGUUCGACGUUGUCGGAUUACAGCUUUGGCGAUGCAAGAGAUUUUCUCAACCCUCGACCUGGAGACGGUAUACCAUCAACAUCGACGGACGAACUAUCUAACUGGGCCUCGGUUCCUCUGGCAUUUGCACUUUUACCCGCGGUCGGUGGUUUGCUUUUCAAGAAUGGUAGCGCCGUUGUGACGGACAUCAUGUUGCUGGGCUUGUCGGCCGUGUUCCUGCACUGGUCCGUCACACAUCCAUGGAAUUGGUACCACUCGGCGCAAGCAGUACGAGAGCGGGCAGAGAUCAGUACGAGCGCUGUUGUCGACGAUGAGAGCGAGGCAGAGCAGGCGGCUAGAAGCCCCUCACCGGCAGCAUCGACGGCUAACGGCCACACGACCAACGGAAGCGUUGACGAAGCGUCCGAAGUACCCACGACGCCCACGUCCUUUAUUCAGGAACAAGUACGUAAGACGACGACGCCGCCAAGAAACAAGAAGGAGGAUGCAUUGGCUGAGCUAUGGGUACAUGAAAUCCUGGCCCUGGUAUCAUGCUUCAUGUUUCCCAUGCUGGGCGCAUACUUGCUGCAUGCCAUUCGCGCGCAACUUAGUCGGCCCUCGGAGGGCCUGGUUUCCAACUACAACUUGACGAUUUUCCUCUUGGCUGCAGAGGUACGACCGAUUUCGCAUCUCAUGAAGCUCGUGCAGUGCAGGACCAUUCAGCUGCAACGGGAUGUCCACGUAAACCCGUACAAGGACGACGGUGCCACUUCAGAUCAGAUGAGGGUUCUCAUGGCCCGGUUGGAAAUGCUGGAGUCACGGCCUGAGCCGACGCCGAUGAAACACAAUGGGACCUCGGACAAUUCUAAAAUCAAGCAAGAGGCUUCCAUUGCUCGCGAUGUGCGCAACGCCAUCCAGCCCGAUCUGGAUGCGCUGAAUCGGGCUGUGCGACGAUACGAGAAGAAGGCGACUGUACUUGCCUUCCAGACCGAAUCGCGUUUCGCGGCAGUCGAUACCCGCCUGAACGAUGCCAUUGCGCUGGCGGCAGCAGCGGCCAAAAACAGCGUCGCUCGGCCAGGCUUUAUGCAGUGGCUCGUAGAAUCCGUGUGGGCCAUCAUCACGAUGCCCUUCUUCGCGGUGGUCGCUCUGCUGGUGCUGCCUUUCAAGACAGUUAGAGGCUUGCUCAAGCGUAAGAAGAAGUCCCUCCCUGAAAGGACAUCAAAGUCCAGUCGAAAUGGGAAGGCCGUGGGACACGGGAGGAUGGCGGCAGACAGACAACCAAGCCGCGUCUCAAAGAGAUACUCAUUCUCCUGCCACGUCCUCUGCGAAACCAAUUCAGAGGACACUGGUUUCAAUGUGUUUGGGGAAACAACACCUACACUGUACUGUUACGUGUCGAAUUAUAUUCUCAUCACCGUCUACCAUGAUUUUAUGAUAAAGUACGACGUGAUGGGGGAUUCCUCGGUGGUCAUUGAAUAUAUCGAAGGACUAAACAACGUUUCGCUUUGCACGGCAUCAGUAUUGCUCUGCAUCUGGUCACUUUGCCCUGCGUCCGCCGCCGAAAAGCAUCAAUUUGGUAUCCAUAUCACGAAGAUAUAUUUCUUUGUUUGUUCGAAGUCCGGUAGUGACGAGGAUCAACUUUCACGCCCCCGUCCCUUUGCCAUGGUUUCGAAAUGGAUUCUUCUUUUGGCGGUAUCACAUAUCGGAGACAAGGGGGAAAAGAUGAGCUUGGACGAUUCGGUCUUUUGGUCAUGGUAUCGACUUUGGGGUUACAUGCCUGAUUGCGGUGUAGAGGUAAAAUCACCCAAAACCGCGAUAUUGACCGCCAUUCAUGACGUGGAAGAUUCUACAUUGCACAUCGAGCUAAUGUGUUUAAUGCUAGGAUGUCUCCACGACGUGAUGCUGUAUUGCGCGGUAGAGGGUGGGAUAGGCAGCGUCAGGAUACGAUCGAAUGAAUGCCAAAUUGUCGCAAAAGAUCUGGCUUAUGAGAUGGUAGUAUCCCGUAUCCAGGAAUGGAUUGGCUACUCGAACUCGCAAAAUUACGUGAUUGAUAUCACAAGGGAUAGAUUGUACCUAGUCAAGCACCGGCACAACUACUUCUGUCGAGGGAGAAGAAUAGCAUCCCUUCCGCUAGGAGAGCACAUUCCGUUCCCAUGUUCAACCGAUUGUCUUCUUACAGAUCGCUGUUGCGUUGCGACGUUGGCAACUGAAGAAGAGCCGGAGGAUCAUAUCACCGUGGACGGGCUAGAUAACUUCGUCACAGAUAUAAUGACCAGUCAAUGUUGUUGGCUGGAGCUGAGCGGCGACAGCAUGGUCUCGCCACCAACCCUCUCCGAGGCUCCGGCGCCGCGUAGUGCCUUGAUCACAACACUCGUCGAACUUUCUCAAAUACAGGAACAGGAGGAGGUUGGGACAAAUCCGAAGGUUUCAUGGAAGUUCUCUGCCUGGCCCGGCGGCGGCCAAAGAGUCGUCUUGGGGUUAUUUGCCCUGGGAGAAAAAGCUGGGGAAGUCCAGAGCCCCGAUUCGGCUGCAGGCGCUUGGGAAACGGAUGCCGCAGACGACGAAUUGAAGCAUUUAGCGCCAUGCCAUGCGCCCAUUCAAGAGACUAAAAGAGUCCGUCAUCUUUACCGAGCGGCUCCAGAAGGAUACACAUCCUCAUGGAGCCUUAUGGACGGCGCGAAACGGAGUGACCGUAUGGGCGAAACGAGGAGGAUCGCUUACACGAUGCUCCUCCUCAAACAUGGAUACUGUUGGUUGAGUCCUUGCCAGUGCCCGGCUUUGGAAAGGGAUAGAGUCUUGAAGCAGGGGAGCCCUGUUCCCGGGUCACGGCAUGAUUUUGCCCCUCCACACAACGUCGGACGAACCGCUCAGGGGAACCAGUUCAACCGGCCGGGCCAUUCCUCAUGCCGCCACGGGUACGAAAUCGUUAUUCGACGAAACUGUCCCACGAUGGCCGAUAAUUUGCCAUGCCAAGGGACGAAGAAGAGCUGGGUGGUCAGUGGUUCGCGGGAGUCCGCAGACACGGCGUCCGAAUAUGGGACGAAUAUGCCAAUGAUUGGUGUCGAACAGCAGCGGGAAGACGUAAGGGCCUGGAGUUGGCAGCAUGCUAUUGUGGCGUCGAGAUUGAGGUAUUGCUUUCCUAGAGUUACAAUAGAAGCUACCGACUUGGGUGUUCAGCUCAAUAUCCGGAAAGGCUUUGCUCGUAUCAAAGCGAGCAGGGAUGCGAGGACCCCUUUAUGCAAUGAGGCGCAGAACGUGGGGCAACUUGUAAGUGCUGUGGUAUACCAUCGGCAGUCGGGCAGUCAAACAAGGGCAUUCGACAACGACUACCCAAAAAAAUUUGAGGAGAACAACGCUUCGUAA